GAGCUACAGGAAAGAGUAAUUGAUGACAGGAUUUUCAUUUUUGGGUGGACUGUCCCUUUAAGUAGACUACACAAUGUAAGGAACUUCCUGUCUGAAAGUGACUGCAGCAGUGGGGAAGACCUUCUGGACCUCAGCUCUUCUUUAAGAGAUUCUGAGUAUUUCAGAGAUCUGCAGCUCGGAUCGACGGUGUACACUGCCCCGCCGCAAACACAGAUUCCCGUUCUGAUCACAUCUGUCUGUCCACCGGAGAGUGGAUUCCACCUGAAUUCUGAACCGUUCCAGGUAGAUCACUCCGCAUCUUCUGCUGGAGGGGAAACCAUGGACCGCUUGUUUGCUAUAAGAACGUCAGAGUUCCAGGAUUUUCCAGGACCAGAGCAAGAUGAGGAUUCAGAAAUGGAGAGCAUUCCGAUUUUAGUCCGGUCCAUGUCCACGUCACGCAGGCACAGCUCUGAUAUGCCACUGUCUCCGAUUGACCUGGGAAGAAGGUUCAGUUUAGACACCACUGGUAUUGACAGCGAUGGGGAACAAGAGAUGCGAUGUCUCCAAAGUUCCCAUUUACCAUCUUCCUCCUUCUCUGAGAGUUCAGUCGAGGAGACGCCUGGUGCCAUCGAAACUGAAAGCCUUGAAACAGCUAAGCCACCCGAUUCAGGAAAGACGGUGUAUUCCAGAUCCGAGAUUCUCGCCACCGAAGAAAAGUCUCAGGCUGACAGGGUCUCUCGCAUACUGGAAACAUCUCAGCAGGCUGCCAGAGAGGCCGGAGAGGAUCAGGAGACUGAAGAAGGGCUGCAGUCUGUGGAUGGACGAUGUCACGUGCUGAUGGUACAGAAAGUUCUUCAAGAGCUUAAACAGUAUCACGGAACUUCAAGCACAGAUAGGAAAGAAUUUUCUGGAAAUGUUACGUGGUAUGAAUUUCUCUCCAACGAUAAAAACGAUGAUGAAGAAGAGGAACGACCAGAACGUUCAGAAAAAGGGACCAAAGUCAAGCGCACCCUCAGCUCUUUGAAGAACCGAAUGACUGGAUCCUUCAACAAAGAUAAAGGUAAGACCCGUGAGAGAGAGCAGCACAAAAGCACAGAGAAAGAGUUCAAAGAGCACAAGAAGGUGCGGCGUGUCAGCGUCAGUGGGCACCAGCUAGUGCCCGGCUCCUUUUCCAGCUGGGCGAGGUGUUCACUGUGCAGCAAGAGUCUGCAGCGAAAGCAUGGCCUGCAGUGUUUGAACUGUGCCGUGAACGUCCAUAAGAGCUGCAGGACCCUGUUACCGGAGUGUAGCAGUAAAGGCAAGACUAAAGAUUCAGUACAGAAGAUAUCGACCUCUGCCACUCAGUCAAGUAAUCAAGCUCUGAGGGAGACCAGCUCCACCCUGACGCUCGCCGCCGAUGGCUCGUCCCGAAAGGCUCGCUGCGCUUCAGGAAUGACCGUUUCGCCUAAAGGACACAGCGCCCAACCAGCCGCCUCCAGCAAUCAUACAGCCAACCAGAACAGCAGCAGCAGCAGCGGCUCUGUCGCAGGAGAUAUGGACGAGGUGGAUGCAUUCAGGAUGAAGCGCCCCGCUGACGACACCGUGUCUCUCGUCUCCUCAACACCCGAGUCGCUCAUCGUGGAAGAUGCAUAUUACACCACUUUGCGGGGCGAGCUGGACUCCAUCGCGCAGGACUUUGAAGUAGAGUCCUGGAGUCUGGCCGUGGAUAACAACUUCUUGAAGAAGCAUUCGAAGGAAAUGACCAAGAGACAGGACGUUAUAUACGAGCUCAUUCAGACGGAGAUGCAUCACAUGAGGACGCUGAAGAUCAUGCAGCGCGUGUACGCCCGAGAGCUGCGCGAGGCCUUACAGAUGGACGACAAGAGGUUGGACUGUCUGUUUCCGCAGCUGGACAGCCUGCUAGAGCUGCACAGUCACUUCCUGUCCCGCCUCAGGGAGCGGCGCGCUGAGUCCCUGCAGACGGGCAGCGAACGCGAUUACGCCAUCAACCAACUCUCAGACAUCCUUAUAUCCCAGUUUUCCGGAGAGCUUGGAGAACGAAUGAAAGACUGUUACGGCGAUUUCUGCAGUCGCCACACUGAAGCAGUCAACUAUUACAAAGAACAACUUCAGAGCAACAAGAAGUUUCAGAACCUCAUGAGGAAAAUAAGCAAUCUGUCAAUCGUGCGGCGGUUGGGCGUUCCAGAGUGCAUCCUGCUGGUGACGCAGCGAAUCACCAAGUAUCCUGUUUUAGUGGAGCGAAUCCUGCACAAUACAGAAGCUGGCACAGAGGAACAUGAAGGUCUGGCAGAAGCUCUCUGUCUGAUCAAGGACGUCAUCGUGCAGGUGGACUCUCAGGUCAACCUCUACGAAAAGGAAGCUCGGCUCCGAGAGAUCUCCUCCAAGAUGGAACCCAAGCCUCUGGGAAAGAUCAAGGACGGAUGUUUUUUCCGCAAGGAGGAUCUGUGCCAGGGCCGUCGCAGGCUGCUGAAUGAAGGCACGGUCUACUGGAAAGCCGCGUCCGGUCGACUCAAAGAUAUUCUCGCUCUACUGCUGACUGACGUUCUCGUCUUAUUGCAAGAGAAGGAUCAGAGAUACAUGUUCUCUACCGUGGACAACAAGCCGUCCGUCAUUUCCCUGCAGAAGCUGAUCGUGCGGGAGGUCGCUCACGAGGAGCGGGCCAUGUUCCUCAUCUGCGCCUCCUCUAACCGACCCGAGAUGUACGAGAUCCACACGGCCUCGAAAGAAGAGCGCAACACAUGGAUCACGCACAUCCGACAGGCCGUGGAAAGCUGUCCACAUACAGAGGAGAGGCUGUUCAGUGAGGAAGUGGAGGCCAGGGUCGCUCGAUUCCGAGAGUUUCAUGAACGGCUGAUGUUGAAGGACGCUGAGAUCGCUCAUAGCCUCACAGAUAAACUGCAGUUAUUCUCAGAUCUGGUCGAAUCUGUGGCCGGUGUGGAAGACGGCAGUCAUCGCUCACGUUUGCUCCUGCGGGGCGAAGCCUCGGAAGUCCAGCAGGGGGAGCAGCUCCUCAAAGGAGCCAUCACCGAAGUGGAGAACCUUCAGAACCUCCUGGCAUCCGGUGUGAAGGAAACAUCUCCUCAGACUGAAGGAAACCAGAGUCCAGGGUUGAGCAUGCUUCCUCGCAGGGCCGACACCUUCGGUGGCUACGACAGCGCUCCUAAAAUUCUGCCUAAAAACGGUAGUAUAAAGAAGAAGGUCUCCGGAGCGGCAAGCAGGUCCAGGGAUCGCAGUGAACGGGCCAGCUCAGACCCGCAGAUCAAAGAGGUCUAUACCUGUCAAAUCCAGGAAGAGCUGGAUGAGACCUCAUCACCCGGCUGCCACAAAAAAUCAACCUUCAGAUUUCCACAAGCAGAGUUCUACGAGCGAGUCCUCCUGCUGUCUCAGCGGCUCUACAGUUUACAGGCCAUUGUCGCUCAGCAGGACAGUCACAUCGAGCUGCAGCGGGCCUCUCUCCUCACCGCCGAACGGGAGCGUUCUGGCGGCCGGAGCCGCGGCACAGAUGUGCUCCUCGAGCAGGAGAAACAAAGGAACCUGGAGAAGCACCGCGAGGAGAUGGCCAAUUUUCAGCGUCUGCAGAGCCAGCACAGACAGGAGCAGGCCCGCUGGGAGCGGGAGCGCGAGAGGCAGAGACGGCAGACCGAGGCGGCAGAACGGAAGCUGAAGGAGAAAGAGGAAGAAUGCAGACGGCUGGAAGCCCGGCUAGCCGAGGAGAGACAGGAGCUGGAACGACAGAAGCAGACAUACCAGCAGGACCUGGAGCGGCUGCGGGAGUCAACAAGAGCGGUGGAGAAAGAGAGAGAGAGACUUGAACAGCAGAGGAAGCUGAGAAAGCACAACACGGUGCCGAACACUGCCGCGUUAUACGCACAGGAGGCUGGCCAGCUUCCUCUCUCCUCAAGCUUUAACGGCGAGCUCCUGCUCGGUGGACCAGGGGACCAGUCGCUUCCUCAAAAGGCGCUCCUGCGGGCCUCUCUCUCAGUAUCCCCUGCCGACUACCCAGAGCGUCCCGAGGUCCACUCGCGCCGAGAGAGCUCCUGCAACACCCUGUCGACGAAAACGGAGGUUCCCAUCCACCUCGUCAGCACCACCAACCAACUGCACAAGCAGGGCGGAGUCCAGCAGCAGAUCCCCACCAAACUCGCCGCCCUCAGCAAGGGCAAAGAGAAGAGCGGGAAGGGAAAGAGUUCACACCGCACCGAGAGCUUGGCCUCUGUUGACAUGAAGCAAACACUGCCCAUCAGGCUGUCAGCACGAGAUUCAGAGGGGAACCUAAAAGCACGCCGCCCCGUCAGCCCCCACCAGCAGCCCCUUCAACCCCAACCGUCACACUCAGAUUCCCCCAGCCCCCCGGAUGGCUACGUGGACGCCCAAGCCAGCCUCGCCAUUCUCAAAACCCAAAACCAGAACGUCCAGCACACCCUCCAGUACGCUGUGAGUGACGAGGCCGCCAAGGAAGACGUUAUCUUUUUCUGAGCGCCCUGCACAGCAUGCUGGGAAAUUCCAAUGAAAGGACUUGGACCUUAUGAAGAAACAGUCUUCAUUUUUUACGUAGAGACGUUUUUGCUCAGUCUUAACUGCUAACAAUUUUGUAAGUUUGUAAAUACAACGAAGGAAAAUACGUUUUAGAUUGUACAAAAAAUGCUCACUGGAUGUCACAGAAAAACCAAAAGAUUCUGUGAAUAUAAAGACAGGGAAGGUGUGGAACAAUUCUGUAGCAUACGUUCCUGACGGACGAAACGAAGAAUAUGGGACGUUUUGGGUCGCUUAUUGUUAUGGUUAGCAGUUUUGCACAGCGUCAGUGUUCCACUUAAUGUUAAAUCAUGGAAUUUGGAUGACAAUAUUGUGGUUUGCGCCGUUGUGGUCACUCUGGAACGUGUUAUUUCAUGAUGAAGCACUGAUGUGUUGAUUUUGGCUUUUGUAAAGGGCCUUGAAUUUGGGUCAAGGUCUGUACGUGUUCAGACCAAACACUGUCUACAAAAUGGAAGAACAAAAAAUCAACAGCAUGAUUGUGAGAAUUCAAGAUUUUAUUAGUCCGUUUUCAUUCAGCAGUUAUUUUAUGUUUUUAGAUAAUGAAGGAAACGAUUUUAGCUAACAAUCAUUUUAACGAUGAAUAUGUAAAUCUCACAAACACUGUCAAGAAACGUUCAGGCCAUUUUUACCUACAUUAUCAAGAAAAGGAAGAAACUGUAAUUUCUUAAUUUUCUAUUUUAUUUUGGUAUAAAAUGACCUGAAUAUUUCCUUGUUAGAUUCACUCAACCUGUUCUUUUUAAAAAGAGUGCCAACAAGAACAUCUUAUUCAUUAGGUCAUGUAACUGGCACAUGAGCUACUAAACAGGAUUGGCAGUUUAUUUUCAGUUACUAAUCAAAAUUAUUCGCCAAAAAUGUUCAGUAGCUUAGAAACCAUUUCUAUAUCACAAUGAAGAUGAAGAUUCUUUACACAAUGUUAAUUUGAGCUCUUGUUCUGCUAAGCAGUUUCUCUAUUUUGCUUUUCCUACAUCACCACCACUGACAUUCAAUACAUUCGUUUCUAGAUCAUUGCCCUGAAGUUGAGUGGUGUUCCUCUUCCGCUGACUACAGAAACAAUGUCAUUGUGCAAUGUUACUAUUACUUUGGAUUCCUGUCUUUCCACCAAAGACUAGUACCUAAAAUUCUCCAUUUCUUUGUUAAAUUUUAAUAAUGGCUGUAAGUAUGAAGUCGCCAAUCUGAAGUUUGUUUAUAGACGACAGUGUUAUUUGUAUGUAUAUGUUGUACAUAGAAUUUCGUAGAUGAGAUGUAGAUAUUGUGCAAGGAUGUCACGUGACCACUGGAAUUAGAGCGGGUUAUAAAACGCUGUCCGGGUAUAAUUUCGUUUUAUUCCUUUGUAGGCACUUUUUUCUUUAUGAAAACGUCUUCUGUCUUUCAGUCUGUGUUUUUUGUUUGUUUAUAAACGACAUGAUGCAUCGCUUUCGAGUUACAUUUUAACUGGUUAGCUUGAUGUUAGAAAAGAAAGUUUUGACGUUCAUCUUUGUGAAAAAGUCAGCUCGAUUUUGUUCCAGGUUGACGCUUGAAGGGGCAAGUGAAGGGACGUGUUUUUUUUAUACUGUAGCAGAUCAGUUUUGACCAGCAAAGUGUAAAUAAAUGUCAUGUGAUUUUGAUCACAUAUUAGUAAAUUCUCUCAAGUCAGCGACUAAACAUUCACUUUUGUAGCUGCAGAGCACUUUACCUCAAAUUUCCGUUUUUUUGUAACUUAACAAAUGUGCGCUAAAUGUUCCUGUCUCUUUAAAUUGUCAUUUGAACCAUUAUGUUGGGCUUGAUGUCUGAUUUUGUACAGUACGAGUAAUUUUCUUUAAUGUAGAGGCAUUGUGUUUGGUCAACUAUUGUUGUCAAAGUAUAUCAAAUGUCCAAAAAAAGAAAUCUUUGCGAUUACACUAGCCACUUUUGGACACAAGUAAAUGUUAAGGGGACCUCAAGUGUUAAAUCUGGGUUUUGCUUAGUGUUUUGUCUUCAUGAAGUUCUUAGCACGCCGAUUUGAUUUUUUUACCACAACAUUGUAUUCGCUCCAGAGAGGAAAAUAGAAAUAUUUGUGAACACUUAAAUGCGCUGCCUUUAGAGAUGUUUUAGUAAUAAAAUAUCUUAAAAAUGUGUAUGAUUUGUGCG